CCCCUUGAUGACAGCGUUUGGCGCACCCUACCAGACAGCGGAAGUACUGAGCUUAGCAAACUCGUAAAGAUGUCCGGCCAGGAUGACCCAGUUCAAAGAGAAAUCCACCAGGAUUGGGCAAAUCGCGAGUAUAUAGAAGUGAUCACGAGUAGCAUCAAGAAGAUUGCCGAUUUCCUAAAUUCAUUUGAUAUGUCCUGUCGGUCCCGGUUAGCCACUCUUAAUGAGAAGCUAACUGCCUUGGAGAGGAGGAUUGAAUACAUUGAGGCAAGGGUUACUAAAGGCGAAACCUUGACCUAGCUCCCGUGUGGCUCAGUUGGUAGAGCAUGGCGUUUGCAAUGCCAGAGUUGUGGGUUCGUUUCCCACGGGGGACCAGUAUGAAAAAAAAUAUAUGCAGUUAGUAAGUCGCUCUGGAUAAGAGUGUCUGCUAAAUGACUAAAAUGUAGACCUCCAGAUGACUGCUGAAACAUGAAUACACCACUUUUCCUAAUUUUCUGUGAAUUAUUUUAAACUUACUUACUGUAUAGUUUACAUUUGGCUUUGCCUAAACAUCAGACUUUUACCAUGGUUACUACAUGGAUAUCAGUCUGAAAGAAGUUACUGUAAAAAUGAUGCAAUAGUCUCUACAAGACAGAAUGUUAACUAAAAUGAUAUUUAUACUUACUUUACCUGUUGUACAUGCUGUUGGUCCUUUUGGCGGUAGGAGGUGGAGAUAGGGUAUCCACAGGAAAGUGUUGUUUACCUGACUUUUUGCUGCGCCAGUAGGUUCUGUCGCUUGUAUUUUCAAUCUAUUGACGCAUUGCACGUGAUGCACAAUAUGUAGACAAUAGCCGAAUGUAGUCGACUGAAGCACGUUUCCUCGCAAUCAGCUGGAAGUGUUUGCCGUUCGGUUAGGCUCAGCCAUAUUGUGCAAGUGUUUGUCAAAUGCGAAUUACAUCAGUAUUGAAAAUAAACCCGGAAAUAUAAACGAUAUACAGACCAGCGUACUGAAGGUCGGGUUGAUAACAUUUCCCUGUGGAUAUUUUGUAUCAGAUUACCUCCGACAUAGGGACAAAAUCGGCGGCCAACAGGUAAUGUAAGCUGAAAUGAAGUUUGUUCAACAUUCUGACUUGUAAUGGGACUGUUCUGGAAUGCUGAGCCUACAUAUUAGAGACGAGUGUGUAAGUAUUCACUCUCUGAUUCUAAAAAGAGGCUCAAUUUGGCUCAAUUUGUUUAGGACCUUUUUUGUUUGAUUCUGAACGUAUACCUGACUGUUUUGUGUGUUAACAGUUUUAAACUCCAUACUAAAUUCAUGAGAAGGCUAUUUCAUAAAUUUUUGUUGGUUCAAGCAUUUAGUUUAUUAUGUGCACUCAAUCGUAGAAUGGAGAAGGAGAAGCUUAUCACUCAAGAAAUUACUGUACAACUGCAUUAUUUCUUUAUCUUACCAAGUGAAUGUCUAAGCAUACAUCCACCUGUGUUUGAAACAUUUGUACAGUUGAUUUACCUGCUGUGAAUCAUGAAUGACAAAAAUCAAGGUUUUGAGUGGCUUAUGUGCCAAGUUGACACUGUUGACGUUUGUGUGUAUUUAUUAAUCUUCUAUUACUAUCAUGGUCAUGUUUGUACAGUACAUAGUGACUAUUGUUUUAUGGCAAAAAAUAAAUACAAAACUAACAUUCAAA